GCCUACAGUUUUGAAGUAAAAAAAUAAAAUAAAACAUAGCAACUCUGGUUUGACAUCUUUCAAAUUCAAGCUGAAGUGAAGGCAUUUUGACACGCCGGUUAACAAAUAAAGAAAGAAAAAUUUGGAAAUUCAACAUGUUAAGAAGAAAAAUCAGUACAACGAGAUAUAUAAACUUCGACGAUGAAGACGUAAAGCCGUCUGCACCGUCUGGACUCGAUGUGGCAAGCCUUUUGAACAACGAGUUCCUGUCAGACUUCAAAAUUAAAUGUGCCAACGGCAAUGCGAUUCCAGCACAUAAAGUAGUUUUGGCACUGAGCAGCCCAGUUUUCAACCGUAUGCUGCAAGCAAAUUUCAAAGAAUCUGCAGAAUGUGAAAUCGUGAUUACGGACUUUGCCUACGAAGUCGUAAUGGAAAUGGUCCGAUUUAUGUAUACCGGUAAAACGGCCGAAAUAAAUGGCAUGGCAAUGGAUUUGUUGAAAAUGGCUGAAAAGUAUGAGCUCACGCGUCUAAAGUCGAGAUGUGAGGAAAUCAUAAUUCGAACGCUUUCCGUAACUACAGUAAUCGAUCUUUUUACUUUUGCCGAUACCUACAAUGCUGUUCAAUUAGAGGCAGCAGCGAUUCAGUUUAUCAUGUCAUAUUUCGUGACCGUAAGAAACACAAGUGGAUAUAAAUCGCUGCCACAACGUCUCUUGUUCAAAUUGUGUGAUGUGGCAAUGGGUUAGGCACCGACCAAUUAAAUGCGGAUGUGAUACUGGAAUCACUUUCAAACGAUUCAAUUCGUUCAAAAUAUUUUUUUG